UACAAAUUCUAAUCAAAGUGAUCUGUAUAAUAUAGAUCUUGAUCAUGAUAAAAAUGUCGAUGAAUUCAUUAAUAACGAUGGGCUUUUGUACAAUUUAGAUGAGGUGGAAGAGUUAAUAUCUAAUCGAUUUCAAGAUGCUGAAAAAUCAAAUAAGUCAGUAAAAGUAUUUUUUGAAAUUGAGCUAGAUUCAGAUCUGAUUGAAAGUAUUUUCCCAGAAUCUUGGUUAGAUAUACAUGAUUUCAAAACUAUUAAAGGAUCUUUUCAUCAACUAAUAAGGGUCGUUGUUCUUCUGUUGGAAUAUGGAUCUUGUUACUACUGGAACAUAUCUAAAAUUUAUCCUAAUAAAAGAAUGAAUAAGUUUACAGGCUGUGUAACUACAUACCUUGAAUGUGCACAAUGUAAUAAUAGAGAUUGGCAAAGAUCUAAUAAUCAACCUAUAAAAUGA